AUGGCUCCUAAAAAAGGCAAAGAUCCUACUGCAGAUGAAAAUUAUUGGAGAACAUCCAUAGAAGAUGCUGUUCUUGAUGAAGAAAAUUGGAAAGUGAAAGUCAUAAUUAUUGAGGCAGCUGGUAGCGACCAAGACCGUAUUUAUAUAAAUAAAUUUGAAACUGUUGCAGCUGAAGAAAAACGAUUUGUUAUAAAAAAUAUAUGUAAAACAGAAACUACUUUUAUGAUUAAUCAGUUAGGCGGCGAGAAAAAAGUAAAAGAUGAUAAUCUUCGUGUGUUCGAAGAAGGCCAAGUUUACUUAAAAGACAAAAAAGAUAUACCUCCAGAUGUACUGGCACUAAUUAUUAAACAUUUGAUUCUGAAAAUGAAAGAAGAAUACCUUUUUAUUAAAAGGCAAAGACUAGAAGUUAGAGAAGGAAUGAGACAAGAGUCAGCUACCAUGAUAGACAGAACAGAAGUAAGAGGUACUGUAAGUGUAAAACCACCGGAACCUGUUGAACCACCUUCACCUCCCAAAGGCAAAGGUAAGAAAGCUGAACAGGAUACAAUUCCACAAACUCCUGAACCAUCUGAUGGCAAGAAAUACAAUACUUCAUUGAGGGUUAGAGGUGAAGAAUGGAGAGACAAAGUUUACGUUGAUGAUUUUCCAACAGACGGACCUAACCUCUACGUCGCUGUAACGGGCUUUAUAGAGCCAAAUUUGGUCGCUUGUCUUAUAAAAAUUGGUAUACCUUUGACAGCUGUUGUUCAAGUACGGAUAGAUUGUACAACAACGAAAAUCCCUUCUAGCUUAAUUAAAACCAGUAAAAGAGGUCAAAGUCAAAGUGAUAUUUUUGGUGAAAAAUCAAUGAAAUUUUGGGAAGAUUUACAAAAACUUCGUAUCCAAAGAGAGUCGGCAGAUUGUUUUAAAGACACAGCUUUCAUUGUAUUCUCACCUCCAUAUUGGGAUAACGAGAGCCUUUCGGGAAAUUCAGAUAAAAUAUAUGAUGAAUUAUGUUUUUUAAUGUACGAUAUUCAAGAUCUGAGUAGACAACAUUCUCAUUACUUAGAUAACAUGGAUAUAAUGCAUAUUCCACCACAUAAAAAUGAUGAAAAAACUAUCAGUUACUAUAUUCAAGAUAUCGAAGAUUUACCUUUAGAAUGCGUUACUAUUUAUUCUCUUUUGAAUAGUAUUCUUUUAACCGUAGUAAAAGGACAAAGUCUAGAGGAAAACAGUAGUACAACAUCAUUAUUUACCGGUUUAGUGUUAAACAAGAGUGUUGAGGAAGAAACAAAAUUAUUGAGAGCAGAGAAACACAUAAAAAAUGUGUUCACAACUUUGUGCAAAACGGAUGCACAUAAAAAAUCAUAUCGCAUUACGUAUGGAGAAGAGUACGAAUUACAUAAAGACCCAAUAGUUAUCAAUUACGGUGACAUUGUCAAAUAUUCGACUUUUCAUUUAGGAAACAUUAAUUUAGAUAAUAUAGUGUGGUCAACGUUAUUAGGCAUGCCACUUAAUCUUUUGUGGAAAAAUUAUAAUCAAGCUCAAGGAGAACUUGAAGCUAAAAUAAAUUUUCAUGUCAAUGUACUUUUAUCGUGUUUUGAUAGAGAAGAUGUUGAAACAGCAGAAUUGAAUAGACUAAUACACAUACUGGCAUGUCGCAAGCUAUAUAAUAAUAGAAGCUCAUUGAAAAGUAAGCAUUUGACGUCAUCUACCAUAUACGAUUUCAAAAAGAUAUAUUUAAAACGUAGCAUUUUAGCUGAGCCUUUACCUCAAUGCCCAUCUUUAUUGAAAAGUGGCAGUUCGCCAUCAUAUAUUUCUAUGGUAAAAAGUGAAAAUGUUUCCAAUGUUUCUUACGGAGAUGACCCGGAAACUUCUCGGAUUAAAUUUUUAUUUGAUUGUCCAGACUUAAGCGAGCUAGUAUCAGCAGCGGAAAUUGCUAGUGAACAGCCAAAUAAUCAUAUGAUCGAUGACUUUGAACAUUUCGAAGAUUUUACAGGUACAAGCGCUUUUCAAAUUCUUCUUGAAGCUUUUAAUAUGUUUAAUUGUUUAGAUUACAAAUAUUGUGAAGUGACUGAUAGCCUUGUAUUGAUGUUUUAUAACAGUCACGAUAAAGAUGGCAUAUCGAAACAAGAAUGGCGUUGUCACAUACCAACUCCAUUAAGCUUACAGGACUUUUUUGAUUUUGUUCUUGAAGAGCAUUAUGAUUGGAUACAAAAUGAAGAAAAAAUUUAUGAGGAAAACGUUAUAAUAAAAUCACAAUCCUCAUGUAAAGAAGGUCUCAAUCCAUUCGCUGAAAAUUCUUGUAUCGAAACCACAGACGUUGGUUUAGAUCUUUUAAUGGAGGGCUCUUUAAAAUAUCAAGAAAUAAUAAAAAUUGAAGAGGAAGAGAGCCCGGAAUCAACAGAGACUAAAGAUACACCCAAAAAAAACACAAUAUCUCCGACUUCCACUGAAACUGAUACAAAAAGUGGUAAAAAAGGAAAAUCGACUGGAUCUACUCCUAAAUACUUAAGGCAGUCGUUUAUGGCUCCUGGUACUGGUUCGGACGUUUCUGUACAAAUUCCUAGUAAGCCAUUCAUAGGCUAUGAUUUGGGUAAUAGGAGAGUAGAAGUAUUUGGAAAGAAUUCAAUGUUUUAUUCUAAAGAUGGCACACGAAUAAUAAGCAAGUAUACACUUACAAUUCCAACAAAUUUAGAGUAUAUUAUUUUAAACGUCAUACCGGGGAACAGUACUAAUGAAUUUUGGUUUCACAGGGCUUUGGGCAAUGAUGUGUCUGCUUAUGUAACAGAUAUGUGUGAAUCAUUUAGAAUUACCUCUAAAGAUAAUGUACUGAUAUAUGUAAAAAAACAAAAUUAUACAUUACCUAUUCCAGUCAUGACACUGUCUUAUAAUGAUCAACAAAAAUUGAAAGACAAUGUAAAUAAAGGAAUACCAUCCGAAAUAGGUGCCGAAAAUGUACAUUUAUUUGAAAAUCAUUAUUAUUAUUCACUUUUUAUUACUUGGCCUAACGGACUAAUUACUGAAUCUGUACAUUUAGAAAAUUCGUCUGAUAUAUCCCAUAUAAAACAAUAUUAUAUAAAGCCUCUUUUGCAUUUAGAUGAAGAAAUGCGUUUCGUCAGUUUACAAGGUGAAGUUAUAAUAUUCAGACCUUCAGGGAUUAUCGAAGUGCUACAGCCAGAUGGUUCAACUAUUAAAGUUACCAAAUAUGAGAAAAGUUUAGUUAAUACAGAACCACAACAAGAUAUACAUAGUGAGACAAGUUCAGAUAAAAGUAAAAAAGGAAAGGGCAAAGACAAAACUUCUGAAAAAAGUAAAGAUAAACCGAGUAAAACUUCUUCUAAGUCUUCAAAAAAUGCCGUCGGCGACGAUUCUUUCGAGAUCAAUCCAGAAUAUGAAUUGGUGAUUGAAGAAUUCGAAACAAUUGAAUCCAAUGGUCUUAGACAAAAAUGGAAAAAUGAAGUACCACAUCCUAUCGAAAAAUUGUUAGUUAGGACUGCAACAGAUUACAAUCUGCGAGAAGUUUUUUCAAGGCGCAUGGAUGGCACUAAUAUUUUGCUAAAUAAAGACGGAGUACACGUAGUUACGUUUCCUAAUAACACAAGAAUAAUAACGAGUUUCUAUAUUGAAGAUGAGCUCAUUUAUCCUGAAUGGACAGAUGAAGAAAAAGAUUUUUUUGAUAUAAUAGAUUCAGACAGAAUCGAAACGGAUACUUUUAAAUCAAAAGUUUCCUUUUCACAAAAAAGCUAUAUUGGAUCUAAUCAUCCUCAUAGUGCAAGUUUUGUAAGUUCUAAAGUAGAGGAAGAACAAAUCAUUGAAAAAGAGCGCUCAGACGGUUAUGUUUCCGUACAAAUAAUUUACACAAUAGAACACGCAAAUUUUUCUACGAUUAUUGUAAACAAAGCGAAUGGUAACAUCAGCGUAGAUUCUCCCAAUGGGACCAAGGUAGUAGUUGAUGUGAAUAACUAUUACAACAUAUUUCUUGACAAAUCAACCACUGCGAAAUUUGAUGGGCAAACUUUAAACAUAGAUUACGAGGCGUGUUCAGAGUGUCGUUCUGUUACGUCAUCAUCUGUUAAAGUAAGAACUGAUGAUAUGAGUAGCGUAACGAAAAUGCACCAAAAUUGGUUAAAAAUUAAAGAUUCGUUUGGAAAGAAGGUUGUAGUUAAUGAAGAAGGUCAAAUUUUUACCAUAGAUGAAGAAUAUUCAAGAGAAGCGUUCGUUUCUGAGGAUGGCGUUGAAAGCGAAGAUAAACGAGUCGAUCACAAAUCUGAAACGUCUAUAUUAUCACAUGAACAGUGUAGAGAGAUGUUCUUUGCUAAAACCAUUAGAUUUUUUGUGCUUCGACGGUAA